AGUUGACCCAUAUCCGGCACUUCUAGAGCAUUAUAGUUUAUCCAUUCAAUGACAGGGUCCUUGAUUGGAUUACUAAAAUAAAUUUAUGAGAAAAUAGAAGAUUCGGCAGCUACUCGACCAAUCCAGGAACGAUUAUGAAAUCUGAUCUCAGUUUGACAUAUGAGGGAGCUGGUACUGUGUCGUACCAAUAGGAAUGUAUUCGCAAUAUGGUACUUAUAAUACAUAGGUUAUAUGUAUAAUAAUGGAGUGACAAGAUAAGAGUGAUUGUAUUCGUGGAAUUAGGCGUCAAAUACGACACAAUCAAUAUUGAACUUGUAUGGUGAAUCAUUUUAUGUCUGCUAUUCCUAAAAAAAACGGCGUGAGUGGCAUUUCUUUGUUACCAUUUAUUGUUGACGACUUUAAAUCACUAGAAAGCGGGAUGAUUAUGUAUUCGGCUGAAGAAGACGAAAACGUUGUUGUUGUAACGCCAGUCCUUUGGAUCGAAGCCGACACACCUUGUCAUUCCGAGUUAUGCGGACGGUUAUCACCUACUUGCUUGUAUCCCUGCCGAAAAUGCUAUAUUCUUCUUAGAAAAGGAAUCGCAAGUCAAAAGGGUGUAGAUUAUUUUGUCUUGCCACACGUUGAAAGGAAUCGUGACCAUUAUGUCGUGGCCUCAUCGGAUUGUAGAAGACUAUCUAUUAUACAGAAUGCACCUACCACUGGGACGAAUCUCUCUGAUAAAGACCUAUGCUGCAAAGGUAGGAAAACAGACAGACUGCUUGAAUUACAAUCCUAUGAUCCAUCAAAAGAUACUCCUGUCGAAGUUCUUCAUGCCAUUUUACUUGGCAUUAGUAAAUAUAUGAUAGUCGAUCUUGUCAAAACAGUUUUAAAAAAUUGCUCUGCUAUUCUAGAUAGACUCUCAGAUAAACUUAAACAACACCAAGAAGAAUGUGUUGGAUUAUCUCGAAAAUUUACAAGACAGUUGAGACAUUGUGGUUCUUUUUUGGGUAGAGAUUUUAAAAUCCUAAUCCAAAUUCUUCCUAUUGUACUUUUGUCGGAUUUUUCUAACGAGGAAAUAUUAAAGAAUAUUACGGUUCUGUUUGUUCAUCUCGGAAAACUAUGUUCUUUGCUCUUCGUACGGGAAAUGAAAAGUAACUUAAACGAGUAUAUAGCAACAGUGGGUAGAGCAAUUAAGGAUUUUAUUAGUGCACUUCACUAUUACGACUUGAAUAAUGAUAUUCCUGGUCAUAAUGCUUAUACUGGAAAGGUGAAGAUCCAUCUUCUUACCCAUAUUCCUCAAGAGAUCCGUCGAUUUGGAACAGUACUACAGUACGAGACCGAAAAGAGAGAACAAUUCAACAAGCAUGUUAGGGAGCAUAUAACAUUUACCAAAAAGCUCAAUCCUUCUCGAGAUAUCGGGUUAAAGUUUGGUAAACAGUCUAUGAUGCGUCAUGUUAUUGAAGUUGGUUGAUGGUUGAAUGAAAACAAAAUUAGAGAAAAGGCAGGAGACGAUGUAGUCUCAUUUAUUCAAUCCAAUGAAGAUAUAGUAUAUUUGGAUCUUUUGGGUGGCUCCAGAGACUUUAUCGAUAACACCGACCCUAGUUACAAAAGAUUGACGAAGGCUCUUUUGCUUUAUUCAGACAUACCAAUAAUGACAAUAGUUCUUUACAAG